ACGUCCCACCAAGCAAUCUGGAUGUGCUGCACGAACUGCAGGCCAUAAAAUCCUUAUUUUUAGAUGAGUUGUGUCUCAUCCGAUCAGAAUUGGUCGGCCAUCGUCGCAUGUCCGAAGCGAUGUUGCAAAUGCUACAACGACAAUCCCAAAGUGUUGCGCCGGGACUAUCUCUGCCAUUCAUCUCUCUCAGUGAGCUAAAGAGAUAUGAUGAACGGCUGAAGGACCCGGAUUUCAAAAUCAGAGUCGUGCUGUGCACGGUGAUAACAUACAACUCAUUGUCCGGGGUACCAUGGAGCGGCUAAUGACAAGAUCAGUUGCCGCGGAGAUAAAUUACUCCGGUGCUAGAGGUUCCUUUGCAUUCAGGCGAACAAAUA